UUACUGAUUCUCUGCAUAUCGCGCAUGAAUUUUUCAGGAUUUCCCUCUGUGUUAUUGUAAUUGAAUUCCCAGUUUGUCCUGCUGAGAAUAAAAAAUGGUUGAAGGUGGUGUUGUGAAAGCGGACAAAACAGAAUUCACAGAAUGCUGGCGUACGGCCUGGCAGACUCCUUAUAUCAUGCGGCUUGCACUCUCUGCAGGCAUUGGAGGGCUUCUGUUUGGUUACGAUACAGGGGUUAUUUCUGGUGCCCUGCUUUACAUCCGUGACGACUUUGAAUCUGUCGACAAGAAUACAUGGCUGCAGGCCACUAUCGUGAGUAUGGCUGUUGCAGGAGCUAUUGUUGGAGCUGCUGGUGGUGGAAUCAUCAAUGAUAAGUUUGGGAGGAAGAAAUCAAUUUUAUUUGCGGAUGUAGUGUUCUUUUUUGGUGCAGUAAUCAUGGCCAUUGCUCCUGCUCCAUGGGUUAUAAUUGUGGGAAGACUUCUUGUUGGUUUUGGAGUUGGAAUGGCAUCCAUGACAUCACCUCUUUACAUUUCUGAAUGCUCACCUGCGAGAAUUCGAGGGGCACUUGUCAGUACAAAUGGUUUGCUAAUAACUGGGGGACAGUUUUUGUCUUACUUAAUCAAUCUUGCCUUCACCAAGACUAAUGGAACAUGGCGUUGGAUGCUUGGGGUUGCUGGCAUCCCACCUGUAGUUCAGAUUGUGCUGAUGUUAUCACUUCCUGAGUCCCCCAGAUGGCUCUACAGAAAGAACAAGGUAGAAGAAGCGAGGGCUAUCUUACAGAGGAUAUAUCCUGAUGAUGAAGUUGAAAUGGAGAUGAAAGCCUUAGCUUCAUCUGUCGAAGCUGAAAAGGCAGAUGAAGCUGCUCUUGGAGAUGACAUUUUCUCUAAAGUAAAGGGUGCAUUUUCAAACACUGUAGUCCGCAGGGGACUCUAUGCAGGCAUCACUGUUCAAGUUGCUCAACAGUUUGUUGGUAUAAACACUGUCAUGUACUAUGCUCCAACCAUAGUCCAGUUUGCUGGAUUCGCUUCAAACUCUGUGGCCUUAGCACUAUCUCUCAUUACUUCAGGCCUAAAUGUUGUGGGCUCCCUUGUUAGCAUGGCUUUUGUUGAUAGAUAUGGAAGGAGGAGGCUGAUGAUCGUUUCUAUGACGUUGACCAUUGGUUUUCUUGUGGCCUUAUCUAUCGUAUUUAUGCAAGCUUCUUCCCAUGCCCCCAAGGUUAGUUCAAUUGAGACCGCACAUUUCGGCAAAAACACUACUUGUCCCAAAUAUCUGACAGUACCAGAUGCAUCAAGAUGGAGCUGUAUGUCCUGUUUGAAAGCAAAGUGUGGUUUCUGUGCGAAUGGAGCCAGCGAAUACCAACCUGGAGCAUGCUUGGACGGGACCAACGUCCUAAAGGCCACGUGUCAUGCUGAACAUCGAGUGUUUUUUGAGAACGGUUGCCCAAGUAAAUUUGGAUUUCUUGCUGUUAUACUUCUUGGACUCUAUAUAAUUGCUUAUGCACCUGGAAUGGGUACUGUACCAUGGAUUGUGAACUCAGAAAUAUACCCAUUGAGGUAUAGAGGAAUAGGUGGAGGGAUUGCCGCAGUGGCGAACUGGGUUUCGAAUCUUAUAGUGAGUGAGUCAUAUCUAUCUCUAACCGAGCAUCUCGGCGCUGGUGGUACAUUUUUCCUAUUUGCUGGAAUUUCCUGCAUUGGACUUGGAUUCAUUUUCUGGUUUGUGCCUGAAACCAAAGGCCUACAAUUUGAGGAGGUUGAGAAAAUCUUAGCGGCCGGAUACAGGCCAGAUUUGUGUGGGGGGAAGAAAAAGAGGAAGGAUGUCGAUACUGCGUAAUGCCAGAGAAGCUUGGUCUGAAAGUGAGAAUGAAAAGUUCUAUUGUACAACACAUGAAAAAUUGUCAAAUACUCUUUCCGAGUUUUAAUAAGGAAGGAAUUCUGUUGAUCUCAUUCUGUGUAUAAAAAAAAAAAAAAAAUGAACAAUUGUUUCCUUAUUGA